AGAAUCUCUUUUGGAUAUGGUGGGUCUUGAACAAACUGGAAAGGAGUUGCCCCAUGUCUGGAACAUUCCCUAUCCAAGAAAGCAAUAAGGUCUGCCAUGGCGAUGAAACCUUGGGCAAAAUUGGCUGCAUUGGGUGUGGUUCUAUCAAUGCUAGCGACUGCAACUACUGGCAGUAUUAAGUUAUCUGGCCAUGCAACAGAACCUCUGUUUCCAUCAGUAGCCCCAAUGUGGACUUCCUAUGGCUGGGGUGUCCCAGCCAUAUUGAUUGGUUGGGCUGAAUCUUGCACAGCAUCAGUGAUGAUGAUAUGGGGGCUUACUAGGAUAACACCCAAGAAAAUGAGAAAGGAUUCUUUUGAUGGCACCUGUCUCACGUGCACAAGGCAACAUGCUACUAGCCAUCUCGUUUUGCCCAAUGGUGAUGUCCUACAGCAAAUUCUCAGCGAAUUUCUUCAAGAACGAAAAGGGAUAAGCUUGAGAAUGGUGAUGGGAGAAGGAAGGGUGACCGCUUGGGAGUGCUUAGGAGUGGAAUACUUAAUUCCAUUCUUUGAUGCUAACCACAUGCUUAGAUCUUUAAUGCUCAAGAAGAACUACUCGAAAACUGAAACUGUAACAUGUUGUUUCCCAGCCAUGUUAUUUUGCAAAUCUGGAAAUAUUCUGCAAUGCUGGGCAAUAUUCUGUAGUGCUAGAAUCUUCAACAAGAUUUCCAACCUCUGGUUAGCAUCAAAGGGUACUAUUCUGGGAAUUAAGUUUGCUUCCACGCCUUCACCACCUAGCCCUUUCUGGCGAAGUCGAGCAACAUCGCCAACGCCAAGCUUCGCUGGCGCGAAUGCUUUGCUUCACCAGAUGGGCAGCGUUCAUCCAUCCAUGCCUACCUAGCCACUACUCCCAUAGUUUAUCCCGAGUAAUUCCCAUGAGCUUGGAUUCAUAGGCUUGCGUUUAUUUGCGAUAACAGAAAAGCAAAUGUGAGUAUAUGUUCAAGUGUUUUAAGUGUAAAAAGUAUAUGAAUACGUGCAGCAAAUAGGGAAACCCCCUUGUAUGUUGAAGGAGACUAUAUGAACAAAUGUUUGUUGCUCUC